CCCUCAGCCCUGCGCCUGUUUGUCUUGUAAUCCGCAGACAAGAAAAAAGCAGGCAAAUUCCAGCCUUUCAAGAAGCUCUUCGGCAAGAGGAAGAAAAGAGAGCCCGUGUCAGACUGCGAGGAAGCCAAACUGAAGCCCAGCCACUCCUUCGGCAACGUCUGCAACGGCACCUUCUCCUCCGAUGAAGAGCCAAACGGUGGUCUGAGGUCCUCUCAUUAUUCUAUGGGAAGUCGAGCUUUUUCCCAUGACAGUAUUUUUAUACCUGAUGGGAGAACAGAGAGUGAACAGGCCAUCCAAGCAAUGUCACAGGAGAACGUUUUAGGAAAAGUCAAAACUCUUCAGCAACAGUUGGCCAAGAAUAUAAAAUUUGGGCAGCCUCCACAAAUGACAAUUUCUGUGAGGACAAUGGGAGAGGCAAACGCUAAUAUAGAAGAGGAUGUGUUGCUCAGUAGCCCCAUGGAGAUUGAGACUCAGCAGGACACAGUGAUCUCAGACAGUGGCAAUAAAUCCACUGACACUCCAGAUUUGUUGAGAACAAUGAAUUUGCCUGGAACAGGACAUGACGUGGAAGAAAAGGUCACUCCAGUCAAAUCAUCUCGGCCAAAAAGACAGUUUUCCUAUUCUGGCACAAUUGAAACAAUCAAUUUGGAUGCAGUUCCCCAGGCUGUUGCUCGUCUAGACAACAGUGCAGCUAAACACAAGCUGUCAGUGAAGCCAAAAAAGCAGAGGAUGUCAAGAAAGCACAAGAGAUUAACAAAGGGAUCACAAAGUUUAACAAUAACAGAAUUUGAGCCAGAGGACCUGGAAACCCAGCUGUAUGGAGACAUAUACCCAGGUUAUAACGGACACAUCGUAGCAGACAAGCUAAUCCAGAACAGAGAUGAGCAGAAGCAGCUUCCACUGGCAGAGGAGAAAAGAAUUGAAGAUCACUGGGGGAUCUUUGAGGCUGAAAGGAUAAGGCAGAUUGUAGAGAUGGAAGAACAAAGAGAAAUGGAAGAACAAAGGUGCCAAGAACUUGACCAAAUACAGAAAGAGCAGGAGAGAAGGCUUUGUGAAGAAGAGAGGAGGCAGUAUCUCUUUGAAGGAGAGAUGUCUUUGAAAAUAGGAGAGCAAACAUGCCAUAAAGAGGAGAGAAGACUGCUAGAAGCUGAAAAGAUACAAGAGCUGGAGGAACAGAGGUGCCAGGAACUGGAGAAGCAGAGGCAGAAGGACUUGGAGGAGCAACAGGGACGAGAGCUGGAGGAGCAGAAGUGCCAGAAACGAGAGGAGCAACAGAGGCAAGAGCUGGAGGAACAGAAGCACCAGGAAAAGGAGGAGCAACAGAUACAAGAGCUGGAGGAGCAGAGGCACCAGGAACAGGAGGAGCAACAGAGACGAGAGCUGGAGGAGCAGAAGCACUGGGAAUGGGAAGAGCAACAGAGACAAGAGCUGGAGGAGCAGAGGCACCAGGAGAAGGAGGAGCAACAGAGACAAGAACUGGAGGAACAGAAGCACCGAGGAUGGGAAGAGCAGAGAUGUCAGGAGUUGGAGGAGCAGAAGCAUCAGGAAUGGGAAGAGCAGAGGUGCAAGGAGUUGGAAGAGAAACAGGCACAAGGGCUGGAGGAGCAGAAGCGGCUAGAGCUGGAAGAAUUAAGGCAACAAGAGAUUGAGAAACAGUGUCAAGAGGAAGAAGAAAGAAAUUGGCAUCCAGCAGAGGAGAAGCUCCAAGAAGGAUCUAAAUCCCCAAAACUCAAACAGCCAGAAAAAGGGAAUAAAACAGCAGAAGAGGUCCUAGCCCAGAAACUCAAGAGAGAAGUUGAGGCUCAAGAGCAAAAGCGAAUAGGGGAAGAACUUCGGUGGCAAGAGGUAGAUGAAAGACAAACUGCAUCCAGACCCUUCACAUUUCAAGUAUCUUCUGGAGAUAAACAGAUCAUAUUUCAGAAAGUAAAUCUGAGUCCAGUCAUGCCCAUCAAAGGAGCAGGAGUCUCUUCUCCAUCCAUCAAAGACUGCAGGAUGCACACGGCCAGCAAGGGCUCUCAUGCACUCCCGUCAUCUGUGUGUGUGCCCCAUACAGCUAUUUUGGUUACUGGAGCACAGCUGUGUGGCACAGCAGUUAACUUGAACCAGAUAAAGGACACAGCUUGUAAAUCAUUACUUGGCUUAACAGAAGAGAGAAAAAAUGUGGAUAUUCCUUCACCAGACAAGGCCCAGAAGAAGACCCAGGAUCCCAAACCCAGCAGCAGUAGAAUGAAAUAUGCACAAGAGACACUGAACAACCAGGCUGUACUAGCUGAGUGGGCCUCUAUCCGCUCCAGAAUCUUAAAGAAUGCAGAAAACAGCAAAUAUAAUGAGAGAGACCGAGUAAGUGUCUGCAGACACAGUGACGACUGGACACCCCGAGGACGGGGUGCUCCCCAUGGCAACUUGAGGAAGACCCUCUCUGCAAAUGCAAAGUUCUCAAUAACACCAGCAUGGCAGAAGUUUUCAGAAGCUUCAAAAACCAAUUCAAACACUGAGAAUGUAAGUGCAGCAAAAGGCAAUGAAACAGUGGCUGUGGGAAGAAUCACUGGCUCAUCCGCUGAUUCGAAGGAGUAUGUGGCUUCCACUUGUAAGGAUAACUUAGCUGAAAAGGCUAAGGAGAAAAUGGAAACGCAUAGUGAAAUGACAGACAACACAGAAGGCUGUAAAUUUGCAAAAGAUCUUCCAUCUUUCCUUGUUCCAAGUUUUCCUCAUUCUCCAGGUAAAGAAUUACCUCAGCCAGAACUUCCUGGUGCUCUGGAAAAUCAGCAGAAUAACAGCACCAAAAAAGCAGAUAAACCAGCACCAAACGGAGAAGAAAGCGUUUCUCCUUUUGGGAUAAAGUUAAGGAGGACAAACUACUCUUUACGUUUCCAUUAUGAUCAACAGGCAGAGCAGAGGAAAAAGAAAAGAUACAGUGCAGGAGAUAGUUUUGAUGGUGUCCCUGACCCACUAGUUACAACAGAAGGUGAGAAAGAAUCCUCUGUUUUUGUUCCACAAGAGAGUACAUCCCCUGGCAUGGGGAGACCAAACGUCCCUGGUAAUUUAAAAGACUCAAAAGACUCUUCAGUUACUGUGGUGGAAAUUUCACAACCAGUGGUCCUACCACCCACCGGCCAGAGUGCUUUACCCCCUCAUGAGAAACCAGCGUGCAAGUCAGUGGUCCCACAGAAACCUGCUUUAGCUCCAAAGCCUACCAGCCAGACUCCGCCAUCAUCUCCUCUCUCUAAAAUGAACAGAUCAAACCUAGCUGAUACGCGAGGGCAACGGUUGCUUAAAGCUGAAUCAGACGGUGGCUGGAGAAAAGAAGACAGAGCAAAUGCAGUGCACCCCACACCAUUCAAUGAGUACAAAAAUGAAGAGGAAGAAAUCAGAGAAAAGAAGUCAUUUUUUCCAUCUAUAAGUAUUCCAUGGAGAGAAAAAAAUGAGAAAAAGCCUGAGCCAUUGAAGAAAGAAAAGCCUGUCCUCCAGAGCAGGCACUCUUUAGAUGGCUCUAAAUUGAUGGAAAAAGUUGAAACUUCACAACCGCUUUGGAUUACAUUAGCGCUGCAAAAGCAAAAGGGAUUUCGUGAGCAGCAAGCUACGAGGGAAGAGAGAAGGCAAGCCAGAGAGGCGAAGCAAGCAGAGAAGCUGGCUAAAGAAAAUGCUGCUGUAAGUAACCAGGCAGAUAAUAAAAGCAGCAGCAGCAAAACAAGCACACUGCAGAAAUCGACAACUCAGGAAGGGGAGAAGAAAACAGAGACUGCUGUGUCCAGACUAGAAAGAAGGGAGCAGCUAAAAAAGUCGAACACCCUUCCAACUUCUGUGACAGUGGAAAUUUCAGAUUCUGUUCCAUCAACCCCACUGGCAAAGGAGGUGGCCAAGAGAUUCUCCACGCCUGAUGCCAACCCUGUGUCAACAGAACCAGCCUGGCUUGCGUUAGCCAAGAGGAAAGCAAAAGCCUGGAGUGACUGUCCACAGAUCAUAAAGUAAACUGUAAAAUUACAUCUCUGUUGCUGACUAUUAGUUGCUUUCUUUUUAUUUAUUCAGCUUUUUACACAUGACAAAAUGCAUGUAUUGAAGGACUGAAAACUGAACUGAUUACCGUUUUGCGCUAGCUCACUGUAACGUCUACUCAAGUCAUAUAUUCCACUGCUUUGACAAAUAGCUAAAUGAGGUCACGGCAAAAAUUUCAGAGCCAGACUCUCUCAAAAACUUAAGAAUGCUCAGAUACUGGAUGUAAAUUCUAGUGAGUAUCAUAGUAAGGGCCAGAACUUCAGUUCCGAAGCUCUGCGGGUAUUCGGUUCUGGAAGUUUAGAUCUCUUCACUUAAGUGGAGAUCUCAGAAAUCUUUCUCAACAUUCCACUGUUGAAAAUUAAGGCAAGAUGCAUGUUCCCUUCUCUUAUUCCUGAUUUUUUUUUAAGUGUUAAACUGUAUGAACUGUCAGUUCCACCUGCUCUUUGAAAGCUUCUUCCCUAA